AUGAAGUUCACCACUUUCACUUCCCUCCUCCUCCUCGCCGGUGCCGCCGUGGCUCUUCCUCAGGACAACAACAACAACGACAACAAUGCCAUCGACAACGCCAUCUCUGAUGUGAGCGGUGUCGCUUCUACCGCCGGCUCCGCCGUCGCAGGUGCUGUCACCUCCGCCGUUGGCGCUGCUUCUACCGGUGUCGCCGGCGCCGUCAGCGACGCUUCCACUGCCGCCGCCGCUGCUUCCACCGGUGCUGCCGGUAUCAUCAGCUCUGCUUCCACCGCCGCCACUGGUGCCGCCGGCUCUGCCUCCUCCGCUGCGUCCAGCCUCGCCAGCAAGGCUUCCACCUACGUGAGCCAGAUCACCACCACCGACGCCAACGGCCAGACCACCACCAUGAGCUCCACCAUGACCAGCACUCCCUCCAUGACCGCCUCCGGUACUUCCACCACCGGCUCCGGUGCUGCUACCGGUCGCCCUGAUGCCAUGAACGCCGCCGUUGUCGGUGUUGCUGGUGUGCUCGGCUUCAUGGCUGCUCUGUAA